CCAUCGGGGCCAGUGACUCGCUCCCAACAGUCAGCCGUGGACUCAGCUGACUGUACCGGGAUGCCGGCAUCCACAGCCACUCCGUCUUGGAGGGAUUGAGCUUGAGCCUGUUUCUCCCCAUCCAGACCCGUACGGCUUCCAAACACCGGGACAGCACUUCGAUAGCUUCAUUGGGGUGGCCCGGUGUGGAAAAGUACAGCUGGGUGUCAUCAGCGUACAGCUGGUACCUCACACCGAAGCCACUGAUGAUCUCACCCAGCGGCUUCAUAUAGAUGUUGAACAGAAGGGGCGAGAGAAUCGACCCCUGCGGCACCCCACAAGUGAGGCGCCGUGGGGUCGACCUCUGCCCCCCCGUCAACACCGUCUGCGACCGGUCGGAGAGAUAGGAGGAGAACCACCGAUAAACGGUGCCUCUCACUCCCAAUCCCUCCAACCAGCGCAGCAGGAUACCAUGGUCGAUGGUAUCAAAAGCCGCUGAGAGGUCUAAUAGGACCAGGGCAGAGGAACAACCCCUAUUCCUGGCCCUCCAGAGAUCAUCCACCAACGCGACCAAAGCCGUCUCAGUGCUGUAACCGGGCCGGAAGCCAGACUGGAACGGGUCUAGAUAGACAGUUUCCUCCAGGUGCAGGGGAAACUGAUAUGCCACCAUACUCUCUACAACCUUCGCCACGAAGCGAAGGUUGGAGACCGGACGAUAAUUACCUAAAACAGCCGGGUCCAGGGAAGGCUUCUUGAGGAGGGGCCUCACCACUGCCUCUUUCAAGGCGGCCGGAAAGACUCCCUCCAACAAGGAAGCGCUCGUAAUCGCCUGGAGCCAGCCUCGUGUCACCUCCUGAGUGGCCAGCACCAGCCAGGAGGGGCACGGGUCCAGUAAACACGUGGUGGCAUUCAAUCUACCCAGCAACCUGUCCAUGGUAGUAUUGUAAACUGAAGCAUUCUAACUUUAACUCUGCAAGUCUUGGCGGGCCUUUUUGUUUAAUCCCAGCCCUUUGUUUAAAGGGAUGAAUUAAAUUUAAGAUUUGAUAGCUUUAAUUUAAAUGCAGUCAAACUUUUCCGUAAAUUAUAAAGGCCAUCUGCAAGAGUACCAGGAAGGAAGCAGUGCUUACACAUCACCAUGAAAGGGAUUUUCUGCUGAUGACAAUUCACUGCUUUUGGCAGAACUCAUCCCUGUGCAUACAAAGCAGUGUUUAGCUCAAGUCACAUAAUUCAUCCAUAAAGUGUCUGCGCUUGAACCAAGUUUUGUGUCCAAACUUUCUAGCACUGGUCUUUGUUUAGGAAAGAAUGACUCAGCCAUCCCACUGUUCUUCAUUUUACAGAGGUGUCAGGAAUUUAACCAGUUAAAACUGUGAGACCAUUUCAGUUUGUGGGCUGACUCUAGUAUGAAACUAUUAUAUACUCUGGGUCACGUGGCAUAACAUUUCAUCCAGGCAAGUCUAUUAAUUCUGGCAGCAGCCAGAGAAAGUUUCAGAGCUUCUGGAAUCCGGCAGAUGUACUGUUUCUUUAGGGCUUUGGGAAGCACGGCAUUAUUUGCAGGCUCACGAUCCAGUCUUCUUCCAAAAGCUUUGAUGUUUGCAAUGGAUCAUCCUAACACAACACAGUUCCUGCCAGCUGUUGAAAAUUCUGGCUCUGUUGCUUCCCUGUCUGAGAAGAAUGGAGGUAGUGGCAAUGAAUACUUUUAUAUCCUGAUUGUCAUGACCUUCUACGGAAUCUUUUUAAUGGGAAUCAUGCUAGGCUAUAUGAACUCCAAGAGGAAAGAAAAGAAAUCUAACUUGCUGCUGCUUUAUAAAGAUGAGCAGAGGAAAUGGGGACAAGCUGUAAAGCCUCUGCCAGCAGUCUCAGGACUGAGGUCUGUCCAGUUCCCAAUGAUGAUCAGUAUGCUACAAGACAGCAUGGUACCAGCUUUUUCCUGCACCUUGUGUUCCAUGGAGGGAAACAGUGAAUCUUCCUUGCCAGAUGUCCACCUCACUAUUGAAGAAGAAAUGCCUGUUGAUGAACCAGGAGAAUUUACGGAAGCAACCCUCCUCAAGGACAGUAGUGAAGGCUCUUCAGAAAGCAUCCAUCAACAUUCCUAGCAUUUCCAGGCUCCGAAGACUCAACAUCUUUUGAAAAAUUAUAAUCAGUUUUGCUUCUGGCAUUGAUCCAUCCAUCUUCAGGAUCAGUCAUUAUAUUGUUGGAAGAUGGAAAGAAAAGUAAUAAGCCCAAAUAUAAUGUAUAACAGAAUGGUUUGGUUACUAAAAACAGAGGAGGAUUUUUUUUCCUCUCUGAAGGAAAUAUCCUGGCUUUCCUUCAGCUUAUUUCUGAAUGUACAAAUGUGAAAGUAGUGGUGAUAUGUAUGUGACUAUUUUAUGAAUUACCAGUCAUUUGAUAACUAAUGCCACAAAUAUUUUACCUUAUUAAACGUCUCAAUGAGACAUUCCUAGUCUCAGAAUGACUAAACAGCAAUAAUACAGAGCAAAAACCAAUCUUUGUUCACUCAGUGUCUAAGUGGCAGUCCACUUGAAUGAAUUCCUAGCUUUCAGAUACGAAUAAUUGUGUAGAAGAAGUAAGUUUAUAUAGAUAUCUGAGCAGCAACUGGGAAGGGGGCGUAACAAUGACAUGGCAUGAAACAACAGCACUUGUGACUCCAAGUAUACAGCAACAAACAACAAUUACCACUUCUUUUUUAUUUGUUACUUGUUUAUUCCAAAUAGAAUGGAUGUGGAAGUAAAUCCAAUAUUAAUGUCAAUUUCUAGAUCAGUAAGCAUUGUACAAAACUGAUAAUUUAGUUCUGUUAAUCAGCUCAACAUCCUGUUCGUUCUGAAUGAGUCAUGAAUCACAAAAAGACCAGGGGCUAUAAUGCCCAAUGAAGAUAUAACUGUACCAAAAGUAGGCCCGGUAUGACCACUCAGAUGUUCUUGGUCUGUAGUUGUCAUCAUUGAAGCUCUUCAUUAAUCCAUAAUGGGUAUAAAACAUUAAUCACAAACAUGGUGAGAUUCUGGUUCUGGAUUUCUGAUUUAAAUAAAAUAUUCAUUUUAGAAAGUAUUCAAACCAUAGCUCAGGAAUUUUUUAAUGAUCAUUUGUUACAGUAUUUUACAAACACAUUAGUUAAAACAUUACUUGGGCUUUAAAAAGUUAUACAUGUAAAAAUGAUCCCAAAAUUCAUUUCUUCCAUCAUGCAUUGCAUUGGGCAUCAACAUUGGGCUUAUAAGUAUGAGAACAGAAACACUGCCAAAACUCUGAGUUUUCCAAGUUAAAUAAUGCAGAAAGAUAUGUAUUGCUAUGGGAUACAGUCUGUGAAAACAGAAAGGGAAUAGGCACAAAUGAGGCAAAAGUCCUACUUUUCACUUCUAUUUUAAGGCAUUCGUUCUAAUUCUAACUUCAGUUUCAACAGAGCUAAACAACCUCAUUGAUCAAAAAAUAUUGUCAUUUUGUCUGUCUGAUGUCAACAAGAUCAUUAUGUUAAAGGAACCUUGUCUGCUUGUUUGUUCAUUGAUGAGUGGCUAUAAAUCUCAUUAAAUGCAAUAGAUGUAUUGCUAUUAUCUUUGCUGAUCAUCUUAUGAGAACAGUCUUGGGGUUUCUAUAUUACAAGAAGGACUGUUUUCAAUAUUCUUAGAUGCCAAACUAUGUUUGGCAUUUUGCCUGGAAUCACUUGAAUUCUGAAAUUGUACAAUUCAAAAUAAUAAAUGAGUUGAUAUAUUUUUUCCAUUGCUUUUUCUUCAUUUAUAAUGAAACAAAUGUAUUGGUGGCUCUCUAUUCUUUUUAACUUGACUCAAAAGUCAAUUGUGUAUAUACUUUGAUACCACACUGUAUAUAUUUGAACUGUAUUUAAAUAUUUUUUCA